AUGGUGAAGGUCGGAGUGAACAGAUUUGGCUGUAUUGGACGCCUGGUUACCAGGGCUGCCUUCACUUCUGGCAAAGUGGACGUUGUUGCCAUCAAUGACCCUUUCAUCGACCUCAACUACAUGGUCUACAUGUUCCACUAUGACUCCACUCAUGGCAAGUUCAAAGGCACAGUCAAGGCUGAGAACAGGAAGCUCGUCAUCAACAGGAAGGCCAUCACCAUCUUCCAGGAGCGAGAUCCCGCCAACAUCAAAUGGGGUGAUGCCGGCGAGUAUGUUGUGGAGUCGACCGGUGUCUUCACCACCAUGGAGAAGGCUGGGGCCCACUUGAAGGGUGGGGCCAAAAGGGUCAUCAUCUCCGCCCCUUCUGCGGAUGCUCCCAUGUUUGUGAUGGGUGUGAACCAUGACAAGUAUGACAAUUCCCUCAAGAUUGUCAGCAAUGCUUCCUGCACCACUAACUGCUUGGCCCCCUUGGCCAAGGCCAUCCAUGACAACUUUGGCAUCGUGGAAGGGCUCAUGACCACAGUCCAUGCCAUCACGACCACCCAGAAGACUGUGGACGGCCCCUCUGGGAAGCUGUGGCAAGACGGCCGUGGCGCUGCCCAGAACAUCAUCCCUGCAUCCACUGGCGCUGCCAAGGCUGUGGGCAAAGUCAUCCCAGAGCUGAAUGGGAAGCUCAUGGGCAUGGCCUUCCGUGUUCCUACCCCCAAUGUGUCCGUCGUGGAUCUGACAUGCCGCCUGGAGAAAGCUGCCAAGUAUGAUGACAUCAAGAAGGUGGUGAAGCAGGCAUCUGAGGGCCCACUAAAGGGCAUCCUGGGCUACACUGAGGACCAGGUUGUCUCCUGUGACUUUAACAGUGACUCCCACUCCUCCACCUUCGAUGCUGGGGCUGGCAUUGCUCUCAAUGACAACUUUGUGAAGCUCAUUUCCUGGUACGACAAUGAAUUUGGCUACAGCAACAGAGUGGUGGACCUCAUGACCUACAUGGCCUCCAAGGUGUAAGAAGCCUGCCUGCCCUGACCACCCAUCCCAGCAAGGACAAAGCAAGAGAGAGGCCCUCGGCUGCUGAGCAGUCCCUGUCCUAACUCAACCCUUGACACUGAGCAUCUCCCUCACAGUUUCCAUCCCAGACCCCCAG